AUGACCCAAACUGUGAAGCUGGACGACUUGCAAGAAGAUGACCCCUCCUCGCCAGUCGUAAGAACGCAAGAGCCCCUGUGGCGCGUGCGGCACCUGCGACCUGUGCGACUGCCUUCGCAUCUCGGGAAGCCGCCGCCCGUGACGGUGAAGACCCGCUCAGCGGCGAAGCUGCCCCUGAACCGGGCGGCGCUGGAGCCGGAGCCUAAGCCCAGCCACUUGGCCUUCGGGGAUGCUCUGCGCCUCACGCUUCCCCCGCUGGAUGACGAUGGCUUCGCAGCGGCGCUCUGCGCGUGCGUCCGCCCGAAGGCCGUCGGCGACGUUGGUCCGCGGGAGAUCGCUCCCACGGAUGCCGAGCGGGAAGAGAUGCGGCUGGCAGAGGACCUGGCAGCCUCGGGGCGAAGGGCCAAGGACUUUGUGGCAGUAACGGCUGCUCGAGUGCCAGACCCCGACACUGUCGCGUGUCGAAGCGCAUGGCGGGUGUUCCGGUGCAGCGAGCUGGACGGGUUCCCUGCUUCUUCCCGUGUGCACUAUGGGCAGCAUGUUCAGUUCGGGCUGCCAUCCGUUGACGAUGUGAGCUCGGAGAUCUUGCUGAGCUGCGAGCCACCCAGCCGUGGUGGAGGCCUGGGGGCCCCGUACCUGAUCUUCGGGCGCUUUGUGGACUUCGGCUACGUCUGUCAGGGACGGCGGAGCUGGAACACGGCUUUCACUCUCGUGCCGGAGCAUUCCUCAGCCGGUGGUUACGGUGACCCUGUGGACCUGAAACGGGGCGUGCGCAUCGUGCCCAUUGCGCCCUUCUCCUACCUUCACGGCCCACGGCUGAUGCAGGCCGUUUUCGGGGGCCUCAGCAACCCUGUCGGUCGGGGCUGCAUCUCACGAUCUGCUGCCGUGGGGAAGGACGUGCAGGAGCUGUUGCUGCACGCAUCAGCCCCAGAAGGGGAGCCUCCAGAUGUUGGCUGGGUGCUUGAGCGGCUUUGCCUCAACCCGGCCACGCCAAGGACAGCGGCAGGUGGAGACACGACCUAUGCGCAAUGGCAUAGCCUCAGGGCCGUCAUCCUGAAGCGGAUCCGCCGGCGCGGGGAGGUACUGGCCUACAGCAUCUUCCGGAAGAUCCUUUCCAAAGACUGCCUGGUGCUGGAUGGCCCGAUAUCCACUAGUCGAUUGCCAACGGCGGAUGGUUCUGCAACCCUCGCUGAGCGGACCUUGGUCGGCGAGUCCUCCGUCUUGACGUCCUUGCGCUGCGACUACGGCGUGCAGCUAGGCGCGGAGGACAUGCAGUUGAUCACGAAGCACUUUCGGCCGCCGGGCACGGCGAGCCUCUGGUCCGAGCCUCUCAUCGACGUCAACGCCUUGGCGGACGCCAUCCGAGGGGAGACGUCACCCGGGCGGUCGCGCACCUUGCAGCAGCUGUACUCGCUUCUGCAAAAGCAGGCCGGGUUGAAACCCACCGACAGCCUCGCGGUGGGCUGGAUCCGCAACCGAGUGGAGUCCACCGAGGUGGGCGGCGAACUUUUCCCCGCAGAAGAUCUGCUCGCCUCCCUGCCCCUCGUUCGCAGCCACGCGGGCAUCACGCGCUUGGCCUUCUUGCGCUGGCAGAUGGAUGCGCUCGUACUGAUCCCUUCCCAUGAGAGCUGUCUCGAGUUCUUACGCCAGAUCUGGGGAGACGUCGUCUUAACCAUGGGGACGGAGGGCUGGGCUCCCGAUAGGCUCCCGUCGGCACCCCGCCUCUAUGCGCCAUGGGCACGUAGACGACUCUUGCUCAGUGGCGGCGGCAUGGAGAGCAUCCUGGAAGCUCUUGCCAAGCUGAGCUACCAGGAUCUUGCCGCUAUAGGGGUUGUACUCCUUGCAAUCUUUAUCAUCUGUGUAGGUUUUCCAUGCUUCCUGGUGUUUGUCACAGCUACUGGCAUUGGGCCAAGACGAGCCAAAUGUGUUUGUUCUCAUGUCCUUCGGUCUGUCAAGAGACCGACCCGCUUCGAGUUCCACAAGAUCCUCCCGCGGCUGUUCUUGGGCAGCCUGCCACGAAGCUUAGAGGAUCUGGAGUCUUUGAAGGCAGAAGGCGUGGGGGCAGUGGUGACACUCAACGAGCCAUGGGAGAUGGCGCUUUCCUCAAGAUUUGUCAGGGAUGAUUGCGGCUUGGACCACUUGCACUUGCCCACGCCGGACUUUUUCUCGCCCACACAGCCGGACAUAGAGGCAGCUGUCACGUUCAUCACUGACCACAUUGCCAAAGGCAACGGUGUUUACGUGCACUGCAACGGCGGCCGUGGGCGCAGCGUGGUUUGUGUUCUUUGCUACCUCGUCAGCUCCGAGGGGAUGACUGCAGAGGAAGCCUUCGACAUGGUAGCCGGUAAGCGGCGGGUCGCUCCCAUGCGCGGGAGCUGUGGUUUGCACAAACAGUGGCGUGCCGUGAAGUGUUUCGAGAGCAAGUUGAAGAGGAGCCGGAAGACACCCUUCAUAGCCUUCAAGGAGGAGGGAGCCUCCAUCGACAAUGUUGCUGGAAGCCCCCGGGGCAACGCAGACCUCAGUCCCAGCAGGGACCUCCAUGUCAGCGUAGCCGUGGAACCCGAGGAGGCGACGACAGUGCUGGCUGAGAAGGCUCCUCCCGUACAGCAGGACACGCGGGACAUCCCCUCGGCAGGGGACUCCGAAGGCUGCUGUCCGGCGAAGCCCUGUGUGCCAGAGCAGCCACCGCUGCCACAGAAUGACCCCACGAGCAUACCGGACGAGUUGAUUCCAAAAAAGCUCCAACCGGCCGCGGAUGUGGGCGACAGUUUUUUGGCCGGCUGCGCUGCGGCAAACGCCCUGGAGGAUCCGGCCCAGCACUACGACGACGCGGCUGCUUAUCAGAGCGAAAGCUCGGCAGAGAUCUUUCAAGAGCUUUUGGGCUCUCCAGGUCUUGGCCUAGGCCUUAGCCUUUCGAAUCUCUUUUCUGCCACCCUUGCUGUUUCGGGCAUGGCACGAGAGGUGGAGUUCACUGUGUGCGGACCGGCGGGACAGGAGAUUGGCAAGUUCUGCCUGGAUUACGCGUCUCCGUGUGGUUUGUUGAAGUUGCAGAUCGAGCAGAAGGUAGGUCCCCCACCUAUGACGCAACAGAUCAUCAUCGGAGACCGGACGCUUGAAGAGUCGGAUCCUUUGCUGGAGGCUGAGACAGCCGACUCCGUGCAGGUGACGCUUUUGGUGCGGUUCCCGCCUGGCCAGUCCGAGUUGGAAGCUCUCUGGAAGGCUCUCCCUGGGGCGGGUGGAUUCCUGGAAGAGAUGCGCAUAUCCACGGAUGAUGGACAGACCGUCGUGCUCCCGGACGAUCGUGUCCAGACAUGUGGCCUCGACCCGGACUCUGGCUUGCUCCUGCUCAUGAAGUGUUGCCUUUCCGAAAGCGAGGAGGAGGAUCUUGGCAAGGGCAAGGGCAAGGGUAAAAACAUGCCUACCAAGCGACGCUGCACCGCACCUGGAUCGCUAAUCAUUGUGCGUGGCGAGGGCAAGCCGGUGGAGGUGCCCCUGGAUGUUGAUCACCCGCUGCACUGGAACACGGAGCCCCCGGAGAUACUUGCAGUUGAAGCUGUGCAGGGAUAUCCGAUCCCUUCCUUCGGGGUUGCAGUGGCGCGCAUAUUCAUUGGCAGAAAGGUGCACUUGAUCUCAAUGGAGCUAUGCCCUGCGGUCAUCAAGUGGCAGCGUUUGACAGCGUCAAGUACCAGAUGCGAAGCUGCGUGCUUAGACAGGGAGAACCUGCGGACAAUCUUCGUCCAGGCGGGUCCUGCCGGGCGCGACGUGUUGUUCGCACCGCUACGGGCUGACAGGGAGUCUGAGCAGGUUGACAAAUUUCACUUGACUGGAGAGCUGCCGGACAAAACGGUGAGCAGCGUUGCAUGGUCAAGCGCUUCUUCUUCUCUUCUACUUACCUUUGUUGGUGAGCACGCAAUUCGGGUGUACCAGAAAAUUGGAUCUGUCUGGCAAGCUGCUAUGACACUUGGAGAUCCAUCACGGAGAGGUUGCGCAGAUGGCGAGGCUGAUCAGCUUAUGUUUUGGUUCCCCAAGUGCGACAACUUUGAUGGAGAGCUGACAUAUUCUCGCCCGCUCAUUGCAGGUCCGUCUGGUACAGUUUUCGUGCACUCUGGCGGAGUGCUGAUGCGCUUGGCGGCCAACUUGUCUGCGAUCAAAGCCACAUCAAUGAGGGAGGAGCUCUGGAUGCUGGACGAGGAUGAAGGUACCCCGCAGUAUCCCGACCCUUACAAUGUUUGCGGGGUAAAUGGAGACAAGAUCUACAGGGCUUUGCGCCAGAUGGACUGGAGACAGGGGCUCCUCGUUCGCCGCUUGCAGCUGUCUCCAGAUCUGCGGCAGAGCCGCAGUCGGAUCCGAGAUACCGCUCCAGCGUUAUGGCCUAGCAUCAACGAGAAUCGCGUCCAGGACGCUGCUUUCGUCGACCGGGGAUCCCAGUGUCAGAGAGCCUUGCGGCCAGUUCGCUAUUACGAGGAAGACCGUGACAAGUGGAUGGAAACCCGCGGUGGCUGGGCGACGGGUGGCUCUGGCGGAAGACCGAAAUUCCGGAAGACGUCCGAGUCACCUCUCGAGGAGGAGGCGGAGGUCCGCUUUGGCAAGGGGGGCAAGGGCGGAGGCUACCAGGAAGACCCUGCGGAAGACCCUGCCAAGGAACUCCGAUACAAGAACCUCUUGGAAAGUGAGUGCCGGAGUAUUUCCGCCAGUUCGGCCUAA